UCGUCUGUUGACCGUGCAGAUUCUCGACGUGUGUGUUAAGCUGACAACCUUGGAUAUUGCACCGCACAAAAACAGCAAACGGGUUAAAAAAAAUUCAGACUUAUUCGAAACGCUUUUCGCAACGAAAACGACCAGUCGGGCCCCGAUAAAAAUCGAUUAACGCGGAAAUUCAUUGUUUGAAGAUGUCGAAGUUAUUAGUGAAUGUCGUUGCCGUCCUUGGUUUGUUUCGUAUAGGCGAUUCCGCACCCUUUCACAGCCAAUCCAAAUUCAAUUUCGACGACGAUUGGGAUUAUACGAAAGCCCGCCAUAAUGUUCCACUGCUCAAUGGUUCACUGGAUCAUGAUACGUUGCCUGUUUACACGUACGGACGGGACUUGAAGGUUCAGGGCUUGAAGGGCGGGGCCCACAUCCAAUAUUCCGCGAGCAGGAACUCCAAAGGGAUAAGGGAUACCGUGUCGUCUAAAAUCACCUGCGGAGUUUGCAAAUUAGGCGUGGGUUUGCUAAACGCGGAAAUAAGAUCGGGCAGUAGUUUCGACUCGAUCGGAGAAAAAUUCGUUUCGCUAUGCGUGACGUUCCGCAUUGAAACUUUGCCGGUUUGCCAGGGAAUAUUCGACACGUACGCGCCGGAAAUCCUGCCCGUCCUGCAAGUUUCUCCCAUAGAUAUAAAUGACAUAUGCGGUUUGUUAUUCGGUGACGCUUGCGGACACACAAACAUCCCGGAACACGAAUGGAGCGUUGCUCUUCCGGACACACCCAAACCGGAAGUUCGAGAGACAGAUCAACCUCUACCGGCAGGUACCCCGUAUUUCAAAGUACUGCACAUAUCGGAUACCCAUUACGACCCGGAAUACGUGGAAGGUGCAAUAGCCAACUGCCAAGAACCUCUGUGCUGUAGGCCGUACAGCACGGCCGGAAAGGAACCGAUAAUACCGGCAGGGAAAUGGGGUUCUUAUCAGAAAUGCGACGCUCCCAGAGUACUAAUAGAGAACACUUUGAGGCAUAUUGCAGAGGAACAUCCCGAUAUCGAUUACAUAAUGUGGACCGGAGAUUUACCACCCCACGACAUAUGGAAUCAGACCAAGAAAAAAAAUUUGGAAGUGAUUUCUGAAACUGUCAAUUUGUUCCUAGAGGUGUUUCCCAACGUCGCCAUAUUUCCCGUGAUCGGAAAUCACGAGGCUUGUCCCUCGGGAAGCUUCGCUCCUCCGUGGAUGAAGGACGACGACCAUUCGUCCGCGUGGAUCUACAAUCAGAUCGCCGAACAUUGGAGCAAAUGGUUACCAGCUAGUUCUGCAGAUUCAGUGCUGCAUGGAGGCUUUUAUUCGGUUCUAUUACGACCGGGGUUUCGCCUUAUCGCUAUAAAUACGAAUUACUGUCAUUCUUUGAAUUGGUGGCUUAUAGUGAACAGUACAGAUCCGGCCAGCGAACUGAAGUGGCUCGUACAUGAGCUCCAGCAAGCCGAAAAUAAUAAGGAAAAAGUUCAUCUGAUAGGACAUAUAGCGCCAGGGAGCUACGACUGCAUGAAGAUGUGGUCGAACAACUUCUACGACAUAGUCGAACGCUACGAGUACACGAUAGUGGCCCAGUUCUACGGACACAGUCAUCACGACGAGUUCGAGGUUUUCUACGACACGGCCGAAUACAGUAGACCGACAAAUGUUGCGUAUUUGGGUCCCUCGGUUACCACCUAUGAAAAUUUCAAUCCGGCCUACAGAAUUUACUACAUAGACGGUGAUUACAAUGGUACCACAAGGGAAGUUCUUGACCACGAAACUUGGACCGCAGACUUAGACAAGGCCAAUGCCGACGGGCAGCCCACCUGGGUCAAAUUGUAUUCUGCCAGGGAAGCCUAUCAGAUGAAGAACCUGCGACCUACCGAAUGGAGUAACCUCAUCGAGCGUAUGAUGACGGACUCUAACCUUUUUAAUAAGUUCUACCGGUACUCCUAUAGGGACAGUGCGAUGAGGCCCGUGUGCGACUUGAAGUGCAAAAAGGAGAUAUUGUGCAACCUGAGAAGCGCAAAGUCUCAAAGUAAAGAUGACCUGUGUCGGAAGCUGAAUUUUGGACUGUUAUGACAUUUUUUGUGUUGUGUUGGUUGUCUCGCUGUCGAUUUAUUUAAAUAAAGGUUUUGUUACUACGCGUCUCUC